AAAGGGGGAAGCCAAGAAGAGGCAGCAGAAACACAUGGAGUGUGUGAGCUCUCAGCUGCUUGCAAGGCAAAGCAGGGGCAUGCUGUGGGCAUUUCCACCACCUUCCAGGGCAGCUCUUCCUCACUGAAUGGAAACACUCACCUGGCUCCCUCUACAAAGGCACCUUGGCUGCUGGGCACACUUUACUAAAACUGACUUUUAAGUGGAGAGGGCUAAAUUGCCUGGGCUGGUAUUAUUCCACCAUCUAUUUCACUGAGCAAAUAGAUGUAUCACACUUAGUUAAAUCUGCAACUUGGAUAUGUUUAAACUGUACACCUUGAAGGAGCUAAGAAGGUUGACUUGCUUAUGGACUUCUGAUCCUGCUUGUUUCAUUCAUCUCUUCUCUCCAUGGUCCUCAAUCUUCUAAUUAAAGGCAGAGAGCAAUAACUUAAGUUGGACAGCUUUUAGGCACCAGGGCAUCUGUUGUGGGCUGUGAGAGCUGCCAGUUAGAUCUGCUCUUAACUAUUCCCGAGUGCUGAGAUGAACAUGGUUUUGCUGGGGAUGAAUGGGGAGUGCUGUUGCCUGCUACCUUUACUGGCGGCGGUGCUGAUGGUGGAAAGUUCCCAGUUAGAUGUAACCAGCUCAAAGGUUAAUGCCAUCAAGUCGGUUCUGCUGGUGCAGACUCCCACUGCAGCCACCAACAAGUCUGCAAGUAUUCAUCCUGGAGUUUCACACAAGAAAGGGAAAAGCAAUGGGCAGACAUACCCUUGCAUAAGUGAUAAGGAGUGUGAAGUUGGAAGGUACUGUUACAGUCCUCACCAGGCACCAUCUUCCUGUAUGUUAUGCAGAAGGAAGAAGAAACGAUGCCAUAGAGAUGGCAUGUGUUGUCCUGGCAAUCGAUGCAACAAUGGCAUUUGCAUUCCUGUUGCAGAAACCAUCUUGAGUCCUCAUAUCCCAGCACUUGAGACCCGCCCCAAAAAAAAUGGACCCAUCUCUAACAAGGAUCUUGGAUGGCAAAAUCUUGGGAAACAUCACUCAAAGAUUCCCCAUAUAAAAGGACAUGAAGGAGACCCUUGUCUUCGUUCAACUGACUGCAUUGAAGGUUUCUGCUGUGCUCGACACUUCUGGACAAAAAUCUGUAAACCAGUUUUGCACCAAGGGGAAGUAUGCACCAAACUGAGAAAGAAAGGAUCUCACGGCCUGGAGAUUUUUCAAAGAUGUGACUGUGCAAAAGGGCUAUCUUGCAAAGUAUGGAAAGAUGCCACCUACUCUUCAAAGUCAAGACUUCACAUUUGCCAGAAAAUAUGACAGCUUGUUCAGAGACUGUUGAUAUGACAAGACUAGAAGGUUGCAGAAUUGGUACAGAUAAGACUGGCCCAAAAGGACAUUGGUACUGAACAUAAACACUGAACUGAAAGUCAAUACGUUUGAACUGGAGUAUUUAGGGCUCGUUUGUGUAAAUAAAACUGUUUGUGAGAAAGGCUAUUCAUAAAAAAAGUUACAUUUAAUAUUUUAACAGUGCAUGCCCACUGAUUUUGCAAAAAUGUAUGAGCUUUAAUAAUGUAGAAAUAAUCUAUGUUUUAGCAUUUUCUCUAAAUGCUUGAAAAGCACACACAAUACCUAUUCACUUACUAGCUAACACAGGUACGCUGUUCAUGGGGUGAGAAAACAAGCGUACAGUACGCCUCAGAUUAGGGUGUGCUUUUUCUCAAAUGCUCUUAUGGAUGUGAAUGUGUGACACAUUCAAAUGCAGCAAUAUCAUGUAAAUGGGUGGAGCAAAUACACCUAAAACAACCCUUUGAAACAGAAUACAAUUUCCGCUGUACCUUGAUCUUACAUUCCUGGAUAAAAAAUGUUCCUGCACUAUACACUUUAUUUAUAGGCUAAAAUAACACAAACCCCAUUUCAUUUUCCUUUAGGUUUGUAUUUCUCCUUAAUUUACUAUAUAUUUACUUUUGCCCCAAUAGAAUGUAAAAUCAAGGCUUGAAUGUGCAGAAUAAUUUACCACAGUUACAACAUAUUAAUAUAUCAGUCAGAUAUGUCCAUCAAUAAAAUCUUGUAAUACAGAAUUAUGGAGAGGAGCACAACUCUACUAUCUUUCCCUGCUUUCCCUAUACAGUAUACAAUACUUCAUACCAUUAAACAGAAAAAAGAACAAAGCUUAACAUUUUAUGUUUGUUAUAUGUUUUUGUCCUAGUUUUGCAAUAAAUCUAAUUCAUAUUUGUAAAAUAAAA